GUCGGUGCUUGAGCAGCAGCAGCAACUUGCCGGUUAGUAAAAGAAAUAAAAUAAGACACCCCCCGAAAAUAAGCCAUAGGCUUAUUUUCUUGAGUAAAAAUAAAUAUAAGACAUGUCUUAAAAUGUGAGAAACACGGUAUGAGGUUUUGGUGUUGAAAUUAUUAUUAGUAGUAGUGUAGUAAUAGUAGUGGUAAUAGUAUUUACAGUCAUACCUCAGGUUAAGUACGCUUCAGGUUGAGUACUUUCAAGUUAAGUACUCCGUGGACCCGUCUGGAAUGGAUUAAUCCACUUUCCAUUACUUUCAAUGGGAAAGUUUGCUUCAGGUUAAGUACGCUUCAGGUUAAGUAUGGACUUCCAGAACCAAUUAAGUACUUAACCUGAGGUACCAAUGUAUUUAUAUCCCAUCUUUUUCCCAGUAUGGACUCAAGGAGACUUAGUAGAACAAGCUAAAAACAUGGGAAAGUCUGUCAUUAAUGUAAUCAAACACUAAUAGAAUUAAAGGACUAUAAAAAGAUCCAUUAAAAACACAGACAAUAAUAAUAGACCACAUUUUCCUCAGUUCCAAAAUUCCUCUUGGAAUAGAAAGUUCUUCAGCUGCUGGCAGAAGGACAGCAAGGAGGGAGCCAGUCUAAUGUAUGAACUCUGGCAUCAGUCACUGAGAAGGCCCUCUCCACCAAGUCUGCCUGUGAUGGUGGCGGGGCUGAGAGAAGGGCCUCCUAGGCAGCAGGUUCAUAUAAGGGAAAACAGUCUCUCACAUAAAAAUCCCUGGUCCCUGAUGGGCCCAAACAAUUUUUAGUUGCUAUUAUUAGACAAUUUGGAGACAGAAAACCAUUUUUGAUCUACUUCAAAUCAUUUGGAACUUUCAGGAAAUGCUAACAAACUUUCUGCCCAUUCUUGGUGCUCUUUUCUGCUCACUCUUGGUCUGUACGUAGGGUAUAAGCCCUCUGCAGUGUGGAGGACUGAACUGUUCUACUUCUCCUGCUUCAGGCGAUUGAGCUAGAACAGGCAUAGACAACCUUGGCUCUCAACAUGUUUUGGAACUACAACUCGCAUGAUCCCUAGCUAACAGGGCCAGUGGUCAGGGAUCGUGGGAGUUGUAGUUUCAAAACAUCUGGAGAGCCAAGGUUCCUAUGCUUGAGCUAGAAUAGCAAAGCAGUUUUGGUUAUCAUGUCUGUCUGUCUGUCUGUCUGUCUGUCAGUCUGUGCCUGUCCCAGAGGGCUAUUCAGCUCAGGUGUGGUGUAAGUGUCCAUCCAAGUAUUUUUCUGGAGGGUUUGCUACUCUUUUUGGUCACUGUAAAUAUCAGCUAAAGCAAAACUCAUUGCUUUUUCUUCCUGAACUCCCGUCUCUUGCUCUCCCUCCACAGCUUUCCUCCUCCUAGAUUGUGUCACUGGCUAUAUUUUGCAGCAAAGCCUUUUAUACCAGCUAGGGCGUACUUGGGUGGAGCAAAUUGGCAAGCUGAACAGUCGCUUCCUGUAUCUGGGCAAAUGUUGUGCCUCAAUUACCUGAUUGUUCCCUUUCUGCGAGGGGGAAAAAUACUCCAGUAAACUGCAAGCUUUCCUCCUGCUCUCUCUUUAUGUAACUUUAUGAACUUGGAUCUCUUAGGAAUAGUGGCUUCAUGUACUGUAUUUGGAUAUUCAAGAACUUGGCCACUGUCCAGCAUGCAGUUAAGCAUGCUUAUCUUGACUCUUAAUUGUGGCUUUUGUUGACGACUACCUCUAACAAAUCUCUAAAAUUGAAAAGUUUGUGUGUGGGGGGGAGAGUUUUUACUCUGUGUGUUGUGAUAAAGAAGGACAUUUUGUGUAUCUGAGUUUAUAUAUUUAUGUUUUUAUUAAAGUAGUUUCACACUUGAAGGUAGUUUUGUUCUAUGUUUGAGAAUUCAGUUUGCAGACAGAACCAAGACUGUGUUGUAUCAAACAUUUUAAAUGUAUUUUAAGACAAUUUUAGACAUUACUUACUUAAAAUAGUGUACUUAGUAAUUGAACCUCAAGGGGGAAGUGAGACAUUUAGCUGGGAGGGGGGAGGAGAAGUAAGUUUUAACAUGUACAAGCUGUACCACCCAUGUAUGUGUGCCAAGCUAACAGUUCUUAAUGCCUGAAAAAAGAAGUGACUUAAUAUAAUUUUCUUCAUGUAAAUCCCACCAUUGGAGUUGUAUCAGGAGCAUAAAGCUUCUGCUAGUGUAGAAAUCCCAGAGGCGUGACCAGAUGCUACUUUGACCUCUGGGAUUAAGUCAUGCAGGACUUGAUCUCCUGGUUCACUCAUUAUUCUCCUGCCUGCCUGCGCACAAAUGGACAGGGAAAGCAGUGCAGGAGCCCAGAGCUUUCUCCCAGCCUCAUUCUGGGUGUGAAGCAGCAUAUGAACAGCCCUUAAUUCUUAUGGUUUAAUUUAAAUACAAUUAUAAUUUGUAUCUAAUUUGGUUUAUAAUUCAAUUAUAAGGUAUGGUGCUGGUUUGGAUAGCUACCUGUCCUUGGAUCUCAUUCUCUUUGCACUCCGAAAGCUUUUAUAACUUCCAUUGUGUGCCCCCGAGCCUUCUGUUGGUUUUCAUGGGUAUUUUGUUGGUGGAUUUCAUGGGUAACAGUUUUUCAUUUAUAAGAUUUAUGUGGUGCAGUGGUUAAGAGCGGUAGACUCCUAAUCUGGGGAACCGGGUUCGCGUCUCCGCUCCUCCACAUGCAGCUGCUGGGUGACCUUGGGUUAGUCACACUUCUCUGAAGUCUCUCAGCCCGACUCACCUCACAGGGUGUCUGUUGUGGGGGAGGAAGGGAAAGGAGAAUGUUAGCCGCUUUGAGACUCCUUCGGGUAGUGAUAAAGCGGGAUAUCAAAUCCAAACUACUCCUCCUCCUCCUCCUCCUUCUUCUUCAACCUUUUUCUCCAGGGUCCUUCGUAUGGCCCCCUAUGGCUCAUUUUGAUCUUUGUUUUAGUUUGGUUAUGCUUCUAGUGGCUCAAACACAUGGUUUUUCACGUGUGAGAAUCUUGUCCUAGCACACUUUGGGAACUCUGAGUUCAGCCUUGUCUUGGAGCGCUACCAUAUCCAUGAGUUCUUUUAAAUAAUCAGUUGUAGUGGUGCUGACAUUUUGUCCAAAUAUGCAGUUUUGUUUGGCAAAAUAUGUCCUACCUACUCCAUCAUGAAACUUCCUACCCAAGAUUUGUUGUUUUUGUAUUUGCAUAUGGUAAAAGCUGCAAAGAAACAGAUGUCUGCUUAUGUUUUACCUGCCUGAUUUAGGGCUGAUAACUGGCUUGGUUUACAUGUGAAAAGAAAUGCCACCAACUUCUUGUUUCCUAUUCUAUUAAGUGGUGCGUCUAGUUUUGUACUAUAUACUGUAUUUUUCCAUGUAUAACAUGCCCCCGGUGUAUAAGACGCCCCCUAUUUUUUUGGGGACUCCAAAUUAAGAAAAUGAGGGGAGAUUGCCCAGAGUUGUUGAACUUAGGGGGGGAUCGCCAGUCGGAUCUCCGCUGACACUCGUGUGUACCGCAAAAGCCACCUAUCGCCCAUCCCCUUGCCAGCAGAAGCCACCAAUUGCCAACCAAAUUGCCGCAGCAACAGCUAAUCAACAUCAGCCCUUGCCGCAGCUACCAAUAACACACCCAAUAGCUGCUGAUAAUCUCCAGCUCACGGCAGCAACCAAUCCCACGUCCCCCCACGCACUAACCAUGUAUCAGAUGCCCCACCAUUUUUAACAUGAUUUUUUAAAUAUAAAAUCGUCGCCUGAUACAUGGAAAAGUACAGUGCUUUCCUUAAUUGGCUCAUACUCGCCUGCUGAUUCCAGUUAAUUCUUCUCUCUGGUUCUUAUGUAAUACAUUAAUUUGGCCAUAAUGCUAAAGUCCAACAUUAAUGCUAUUUAGAGUCCAUUUCAUUACAUGCCUGAAGUGCUACCCUAUGUUGCAGAUGUAUAUACAUAAAAUCCUAGGUUUAAACCUGUGAAGAUACAAAUCCCCCGGGUAUUCAGAGCAAAUAAUAAUGAACUGAUAGGAUGUUCACACAGGCUGUUGAUAACCUUACAUUUGACUCAUCUGAGUUGCUUAACAUUCUGGGCACAUAAGAUGCCUUUCCUUUAAUCUUUGUUUUGAUUCUCCUAAAUCUUGAAUAGCUUGAAAGCUUGUUUUUCUUACUUCAAAAGCAAGCUAGUCCAAUUAAUUUACUCUUGUACUGUUAGAGGUCCACAUUAUAUGAUUUGGAAUUUCCAUGCAGAAUGGGACUCAUGUUAGGAUUGUGAUGAAAUCUGCAUAUAGAUUGUGUGAAGAUCUUGCAUCUUUCCCUGUUGCUUGCAUAUUUUGUCCAUGUGCUAGGGAACCAACUGCAGCUUCCUAAUGUGCAAUAUGCAAACUCAGAACCACAAUUUACCAUCUGUGUACAUGUUCACAUUAUAGUCCUCCAUGGAAGUGCUCUCCAUGUAGUGUGAAGCAGUCCUUGUUUUAUGGAACCAAUGCAGGUGCUUCUGUUCGAGUCUCAUUUUAAAAAUGCUUAGAACAUUACAUAACAGUUAUAGUUCUGUGCUAUAGAAAUUGUGUGGGUCUCCACAGCAUAUUGCUAAACAGUCAGGGAGUGGCAGGCUGUACAGGAAGAGAGGCUAAGCAGCCUAAUCAGAGACAGUGUGAUCUAGUGAUUUAUGCAGGGCAGCCUGCCCGGGGACUGGACUAUUGGAAGCAUUUCUUCCUCUCUGCCCCCACCCCACCCUGCCAUGUGCAAGACUCGAGAGCAGCCUGCUUUUUGUGUUAAAUGUAGCUGUCCCACCUACUCUCCUGCUCGGUUGUCUGCGGCUUGAUCUCUUUUUUGUGAUAUUAAAGAAUCUGGACACCAGCUACUUUGAUUUGUUUCUCAUUUGCCUUGUUCUGCUGAGGCAGUCAUAAAUACUUGAGCAAUAAGUCAAGCAGGCUUGAGAGGAAGAGAGGAUAUCUGAAGCUGCUUGCAGACUAAUUAGAAGAGGGCGAAACAUAGCAAACUUGAUUCAUCUUUGUCAUUAUCCUUUGAAACUUAGAGAGGACGUAACAUUUUUUAUCUCUUCCUUUUGCUCUGCUUCAGCUGCCAAAUUCUGCUCCUUUUUGGAAAAUGUUUUGAGGGUUUUGCUUGUAAAGAGGUGGAGUAUUUUACAUCCUCAGGCUCUUGUUUUGCCUGAACUGAUUUCCUUUAUAUUUCCUGCUAAUUGGCAGUUUCUGAUUGUUCCCAACUGAUGACUGUGUGAAACAGGAAAGACGUUCCCUGACCAGCAAAAGCCUUUCUGACAAACAGGUGCUUCUGUUCUCAUUAAACUAGGACAAGCAUAUUCCAUUCUGGAUUUUUUUCUCAAAUUUUUGUCUGCAAGCAUGAGACUCAAGAGGAAUGGGUCUUAUACAUUGAAUAGGAAAUCCAAGGGAAAACCAAAUGGUAAAAAGCCAGCACCGGAAGAAAAGAAACUCUACCUAGAGCCGGAAUACACGAAGUCAAGGAUUACUGACUUUGAAUUCAAAGAGUUAGUCAUGUUACCACGGGAAAUAGACCUUAAUGAGUGGCUAGCUAGCAACACAACAACCUUUUUCCACCAUAUCAAUUUACAAUAUAGUACAAUCUCUGAAUUUUGUACGGGAGAUACAUGUCAGACCAUGGCAGUGUGCAAUACACAAUACUACUGGUAUGAUGAGCGGGGAAAGAAAAUCAAGUGUACUGCUCCUCAAUAUGUUGACUUCGUCAUGAGUUCAGUGCAGAAGCUAGUAACAGAUGAGGAUGUCUUUCCUACAAAAUAUGGCAAGGAAUUCCCCAACUCUUUUGAGUCUCUAGUGAAGAAGAUCUGCAAGUACCUGUUUCAUGUGCUAGCCCACAUCUACUCCUCACACUUCAAGGAAACGUUGGCACUGGAGCUGCAUGGACAUUUGAACACACUCUACAUACACUUCAUCCUAUUCAUCAGGGAGUUCAACCUGGUGGACCCUAAAGAAACCACCAUCAUGGACGACCUCACGGAGGUCCUCUGUAGCACCAGUGGGAGCAGCAGCAGUAAUGGGAGUGGCAACGGCAGUGGUGGCAGUGGCAGCAGCGGCGCAGGAGCACAGAACCAUGUGAAGGAGAGAUGAGUCCCAGCAGGAGCAAAACUAAUGCUAACAUUUUUUUAAGAAAAACAAAACACUCUAUAUUCUUUGUGUGUAUGUAUAUGUGCAUAUUGUGUAUAUAUAUACAGACAUACACAGCCAUGACAGUUUAAGCAAAUAUGCUGCCACCACAGGACAUGUAGACGUAUGGAGCUUUCGUUUAAAUGCAUCAUCCUUGGCGAGAAGUUGCACCAGUUCUAUUUUUUUCCUGCUCCCUUAUUUCUUUUUCUCCCCUAUCAGAUGGAUGAGUGCUGUUUUUAGAGAAGAACCACAUUUUUUAAUGAGUUGGGCUACCGCUUUGUCUUCUUUUGUUCUGCCCACUUCCCCCCCUCCCUUGGUGGGAUGGGGUGGGAGUCCUUAAUGCAAGCCCCUUCUGUCUGUCUCUCUCUAGGAUGGUGGUACUGCCAUUUUAUAAAUGUUAUAAGAAGUGACUUUUACUUGUAAAGUGGCUUAAGAUGCAGAUAUUUUGUUUUGGGGGUGGGGGAGGGCUUGAGAUUUGUCUUGUUUCUCCUUAAAAGGUCCCCUUUCCUUUCCCUCCCCUUAGGCGUUUUGCAUCUAGCCCUUUGCUGGCUUGUACUGGGUAGAGUUUUGCCUCAACUAGAGUAGCAAUAAGCCUCCCACUAAUUGAGGUGGCUCACCAGUCAACCUGGUGUCGUCAGCAUGGGAAUCUCAAAAGAGCAUCUACAAACAUGCUUUGCUUAUUGCUUCUGGUUCCUCUGCCCCCCACCCCCGGCUUCUCCUUCCCAGACACAAACAUCAGAAUUAAAAUAGUGGGGAAUUGAGCCUAAAUGCAGUGGUUGAGCAGGGGAAGCCUGGGGCAGAUGAAAAGGGGCAUACAGUGUAUCACCACCUGUGCUAGAGAGAUGGCUGUUGGCAUAUAAUUAUAUUGUUGGCUUAUUUUAGUUCAUCUGUCCAAUAAUAAUAAUAAAACUUCUAUCAGGUAUAAUAAGUGUUCUGUAUGCAAUGUCACAUCAUUAACCUAUUUGCUUCAGGGGUUGAAAUAUCUGUUUACAGUGUGGGAAGUUGUUAGCCAAGGCGUGUGUACUUUGCAUUUUCCAGACAAAGUUAUUUUGUGUAAGUAUUUGGCAUUUACUAUUAUUUAUUCCUUUAUAAACUAUCAGGGAGGGUGUAUGGCAUUAAGCACAACACUAUUAAAAAAAGAUAAUCAUUAAAA